UGAAAAUCUGGCCCGUUAAUUCCUGAUCCAGCGAACGUUAUCUCACUAGCUGCUGCAGCCAUUCCCCAUCGCGUAGCUCGUCUCCAAUCCGCCCAGUAACUCGCAGCCUCCGCCGCUGCCAGCAACGAUGCCGCCGCCGCCGCACCCUCACCUCCUCCUCGUCCGCUCCCAAAACCUAACUCCUCUCCUCCGGCGAAGCCCCAGCCGCGACACGGCCCUUCGCCGGCCCAGGCGGUUCCUCUCCGCGCGCGCCUCCGGAGCACAGCUCGCCGCUGCGGGCGUCGCAACGGCGCAACAACCUGAACUUGGGGUGGAGGAUGCGGUGGUGGGCUUUCUCACCGGCAGGAGGAAGGCCACCGAGGUAGCCCACGCGGUGUGGAGAAGUAUUGCUCGGAAAGGGGAUACGGUGGUUGAUGCCACAUGCGGGAAUGGCAACGACACACUUGCUUUGCUUAAGAUGGUGGCUGAUCAAAAAGGUCAAGGAUGUGUGUAUGGGAUGGAUAUUCAAGAUUCCGCGAUAGAGAGCACUUCCUCUUUUCUGAAAAUGGCCGUGGAUGAUGACCAUCAGGGGGAACUAGUUAAGCUAUUUCCAAUAUGUCAUAGUAGAAUGGAGGAAAUUGUUCCCAAAGAUGCUCCUGUCAGGCUUGUAGCUUUCAACUUGGGCUACCUUCCAGGAGGAGAUAAAACACUAAUCACAGUACCUAGGACAACCGAGCUAGCAUUGCAGGCUGCCAGCAGAAUUCUUAGUUCUGGGGGACUCAUAAGUGUUCUUGUCUACAUUGGGCAUCCAGGUGGAAGGGAUGAACUCAAUGUUGUUGAAUCAUUUGCAUCAAGCCUUCCAAUUGAUUCCUGGGUGAGCUGCAAACUUCAAAUGGUCAAUCGGCCAAUUGCUCCAGUGCUCAUUCUUCUGAACAAGAAAUGAUCAGUCUUGGUAGAGGCGUAGAGUGACACAAUGUUAGCUCUUAGGCAAUGUGAGUGACUAGUGACCAUGCUUGCCAAUGGAGCUCAGUACCACUGUAAUAUGGAUUCAACUUUCACCUUGGCAUUGGCUGCACUUCGGCUGAGUAUGCUACAUGGGGCACAAUAUUACGGCCAACUGCUUGGCAUUUGUACAAGCUUUGAGGGCAACUGUGGUGUACUCUGCAUAUUUUAAUACCCCUCUUGAUUUGUAUUGUACUUUUUCAUGGCUUGUAGAAUUCUCCACUUUUGGUUCUU